AAUCCAGCAAGCUUAGAUGAAAUUGUUGGGUCACUGAAAGGUACAAUGGUCUUCCUGACAAGCUGGAUUCCUGUCCUAACUACGUUUCUGCUUCUCUUACAUUUCUGGAGAGCAAAGGUCUCUGCCUCUGGAGCAUCCGAGGAGGAGGUAAUAGACCCCAAGUAUGUUAUCAUAGGAGUUACCCUGGGAGUCUUCCUAGCAAUUGGUUUUUUAGCACUAAAGAUCUGCAUGAUCAAAAGGCAAUUGAUUGACAAUGACUUUGUAGAUUCAGACAACAGAGUGGAUAAAAGGUAUCUGCUGCCUUUGCUAGGCCCUGUGGCAUUGCCAGUAAGGCUGGUGAGAUACAGCUUGCUUUUGUCACACGUGGAAUCAGCUGCGAUGAGAGAAGAAGUCAAUCCAUAAGAACAGCAAAAUACAGCUGACCUCUAGCCAUUUUGGAAUGGGGUACAUUCAGACUGGACAUUUAACUACUGCUGUACCUGAUCUCUGCAUCCAUGGAAGACCUUUGUCCACAGGGCUGUCUCACCAACCCCCAAAUUCAAUUUUUUGAAAAAGUGAACCGAGUAACUGAUUACAGAAAAGGCUUUAUAGUGUGCACAACCUAAGGUUAUCUCUGCACUCAAAAAACAUUGUGCACUCAUAUCAUGUGCCUGAGGGGAAUGCAUGAUGGAAAUACACAUGAGAUGGGCUUUGUUCAUUAACAGGUCCUGUAUGGGCUAUGAUAAAUAUAUGAUUUUUUUUUAAUGAAUGGAAUCAAAGGUGCCCCAAAACUAGAGAUGGGUUCAAGCAACAACGUUCAUUUGUAUUGACAUAGCAAGCACCUCAGAAAUGGGGCUGAAGGGAGAGAAAAUGGCAAGAGAGGUUGCUCAGCCCAUUACAAAUAUAGGGGCCAUUUGCAAAAUGUGGAGUAAGAUUUAGUUUUUGAACACCAGCAUGAUGCAAAAGCUACGGGUGUUCUGAUCUGGGACCUCAAUUCUGUACCUGAACUAGAAGUAAUGGUAGAGAAAGGGGAUUAUUCAUGUUCUUUCUUUAAUAUAUGUUAAGUGGCCUUUGUUUUCAUUUUUUAUUUUAUUUAUUUUUUCCUGGGAAUUUAUCAGUUUUUAUUACCACCGCAACAAAAGGAGAUGAAAAUCAGUGAAAAAACUAUUCAUAAUUUUCUGGGUAAAUAUCUGGGUCUAUUUUGGUGGACAGAAAGAUGGAGGGGAAGUAUUCAGUAGAUUAAUGCUUUGAAUUCCGGUCAUCAAUGCAGUUUGCUGCCAAACUAAAACAGAACUCAAAACACAAUGCCACCUCUGAGUUUAAAAAAACAAUAUAUCCCUAAUCACCAAAUAAAACUUUUCAUUUGA